AUGGUGCGAGGCCUGACAUUCACAGAACGUAAGUUGUUCCUACUUUUUCCUCUUCAGUGGAAUGCAGGAAGGCAGAGUUCCUGUACCUCUUGGGAGGGAGACCUUGAGCCUUCCUUUCUGCAGAGUUUGGGGAUGAUAUCUCAAGUGGCACAAAAAUGGAACCUGGUAUCUAAAUGGUGGUGAAGACAAUCCCCCCCCCACACCCUGGGAACAUUUGUGCCAAGUUUGGCAACAAUGUUUCAAGAAAUGGCAAAACCUAUGUAAAUCCCAAUUCUGUCUUCCAUGGCAUUAGCUACCCCUCCCAGUUUGGUGACAUCUGCCAAUUUGAUGAGCAUCUCCUCAAUUCCUUCAGCCAAGUUGUUUAUAAAGUUGUUGAACUAUCCCUUGCUUUUUCCUGUAGAACAAAUUGCAGUCGUUAACAGUCGUCAACAGGUUUACCAUACCCAUUGAGUCAAUCACCCAUCUCCCACUACCCUUCUGAGAAAUACCCAGGCCUCCCUCCCACUAUAUAUAAGGGUCUGGUGACUUCUCCUUCAGUGUAUCUGAAGAUGUGUGCAUGCACACGAAAGCUUAUAGCCAGAACAAACUUAGUUGAUCUCUAAGGUGCUACUGGACUAUUUUUUAAUUUUAAUUUUGACUGUGUCAGACCAACAUGGCUUCCUACCUGAAUCAGGGAACCAUUAGUGAGUACUCUUUGGGUUCGGUCAGUCAACCAGCUACAAAUCCACCUAACAGUUACCUCAUUCAACCCACACUUUACCAGUUUCCUCACAAGAAUAUCAUGGGGAACUUUUUUGUCAAAAGCCUUACUGAAAUCAAGAUACACUAUGUUCACAUCAUUCCCCUGAUCCACCAAGCUUGUUACUCCAUUAAAAAAACAGAAAUGAGAUUUGUCUUGCAGAGUAGAGCUGAAAACUGAAUUCCUGCAGGAUCAUCACUCCCUACGAUUUUGCUCCUGAGCUACAAGUUUUUCAGGGAUUUACCCUACUGGGAUUUAGCUGCUAGCACACAAUGGAUAUUUUGUGCCAUUGUAGCAAGUUUUAGCUAAUGUUCUAGUAAAUUAUAUACUAUGUGACCCAACACCACAAUGCAGCUUCAAGAACCAGUGUGGCUUCCAGAUCCAAUGCCGCUUCCAGAUCCAAUGUGGCUUCCAGAUCCAAUGUGGCUUCCAGAUCUAAUGUGGCUUCCAGAUCCAAUGUCUCUUCCAGAUCUAAUGUGGCAUCCAGGUCAAUACUAAAACGCAGACGAAAACCACCUCCUAGAAAGGGUAUGUAUGCAGCACACAUAGAACUGGUUCAUAGCCUAGAUGAGGAACACACUGGAAAGGAAAGGUGAGAGAGCAACAGGAGGCAUAUGUGGCCAGUCGUGGUGGGCAGGCCUGGAGAAAAGCCAGCCGUGCUCUGUCACUCCAGCAGGCUCCUUUAGCCAAGCAAACUAGUUCUAUGCCAGCCUCAGGCUGUGUUCUCCCCUGAUCCACAAUGUGGUAAGGAUUUACCUCUCUACCACUGCUCCUCGCCCAGGUGAGGGAACAAACCUUUAAAUAAACAUGCAACAAAGACAAUAUCAAAGCAAGCAUCCUGUAGGGACCUCGUUUAUUAAAUCUAUUUCACAACAGGACAGCCUUCGCUCUGCUGGGACAGAGGCAGGAGAAAUGUGCUCUGUUGAUCCUCAUUGAUCUCGCACUGCUUUUCACUACCAUCAACUAUGGUAUUCUUCCAGAGGGACUGACUGAGCUGGGAUUGGGCGACACUGCUGUGCAAUGGUUCUAGUCCUGCUUGGGUGACUGUGCUUGGGGAGUUCUGGUCAGCACCAUGGAGCCUUCAACGCAGGGUUCCUCAAAGUUCAGUUUCAUCCCCCAUGCAGACUACGGUCAUCCAUAUUUUGGAGUGUGUUGUGAGAAAUGCUGAUGACACACAGCUCUAUCUCCCCUUUACAUUUGCAGGUAUGGCAGUUGACAUACUAGACCAAUGCCUGGCCUCAGUAAUGGACUGGAUGAGAGCCAAUAAACGGAAGCUUAAUCCAGACAAGACUGAGGUGCAGUCAGUGGGUGGUUCCCUAGACAAGAUGGGUGGGAUAUGGCCUGUUCUGGAUGGGGUUAGACUCCCUCUGAAGGAGUACUUCUGGAUCCAUUACUGUCACUUGAAAUGAAAAGGCAAAAAAGUUACCCAUGAUACUUAAAGCAGAUUUUCUUUCUUUCUUUUUGUCCAUCAAGGAAAACUCGCUGCUGUUUUGCAUGAGAUAAAAGAGUUCUUUCUCUCUUCCAUUGGUACAUUUAUUGUAGUGAUGCUGUGCCUGGUCCUGUUUUUUGCUGCAUUUGGAGCAGUUAGUCUGUGUAAGUCUAGGCUGUGUAGGCCUUUAGCAUUAUCCUGGUUGGCUUUACAUCAGUACGAAGAACACUUUCAAAAGUGUCACCAUAAUCCAACCACAACUAAGCCCUUUUAUCUCCCAUUGAUUCCAGUGUGUAAGGUAAGGAUGUGGCUAAAUCUCACCCAUUGAAAUAAAUGCCUUUUUCUUGCCCCUCAAUAACUGCUUAGCUGCUCCAGAGACUUUUUAGGCCAACAUUAUGAAGCAACCUGUGCAGUCACUUGUCCUACCUUGCAACUCCCUGUUUGUCUUUCUUUCUAUCUUUGCAUGCUGGGUAAGAGCUUGCUUCUCUUAAAGAGACUGUCACAGGUUCUGCAGGAUAUCUCACGGGUAAACAAAAGAGGUCUUCAAGUCAUCUAGGAAGCCAUCCUCCCUCUCUGACCUUCUCCCUAGCCCUAGAUGAGUAGAAGAAAGUUGUCAAAGGACAGGGAAAUCAUAUUGAUUUCUGAGCGCAAUCAGAUGUUUGUGUGUGUCUCCUUUUAAAAGUCUAAGCCCUUCAUGUGUUACUUAUUCAUUUGUGGGAUGAAUUUAAGGUUCUGGUACUGACCUAGGAAGUCUUCACUGACUUGGAUCCCAAGGGUCUGAAGGACACAUUGUCUUGUACAACCUGCUCAGGUCCCUAGAUCUUGGAGGUAGAAGUAGAUUGUCUCAUUGUCCCACUGUCAGUGGUAAUCCAUUAGGUGGCAUGACAGAAAAGAGCCUUCUGUGUGGUAGCACUCUGAUUGUGAAAUGUCCUGCCUCUGGAAUUAUAUAAUGCAUCAACACUUGCCAUUUUGGCACCUGGUUUAUAUCUGUUUGUUUUCCAGAUAUACUGGUGGGAAUAUUAGGCGUUUUCUGGGUAUUGGUGGGGAAUAUUAGGUUUUAUGUUUCCAGUGGGAAUUUUGAGGGCACGUGGUGGGCUGGGCUGGAGGGGACAGGAAAGAAAGCUUCCUUGUCCAUACAGAAGUCCAUUAGACCAGUGGCGCUGCGGCACUGGAUAUGGCCCUAACUCUGCACUUUUACUUUAUCUCAUUUAUUUAAUGUUGUUACAAGAUGUUGUAACCUGGCCUUUAUUGUUCCACAUUGAUUUUAUUCAAUUUAUAGACCACCCUUCACAGGGUGAUCUACAGGUUUCAUUUUACUGCAGUUUUAUUACUGGAAUGCUGCCCACUCUGCUGCCUGAGGCUUCAUUAAACACUUUUGCUUUGAGAUGUGAAUAACCUUAAAAAAUUGCUAAGACACGGGGAGCCUUGAUUCCAAAUUAGCCGCAGCAAUUCUGGGGUGGAGGUACUGUCGCAUCAGCCGACUCACCAUUUCUUUCCCUCCUAACUCUUCUAUAGAUAUUCAUAAAAGGGAUCACAAAACACCUGAAAUAGAUUUAGCAAUGAAAAUGAUCAGGGACUUCAUGACCAAAGAGAAACCAUCCCUCCAAGGAAGAAAUGGUAAGGAAGGUGUCAUAGUCCUUACCAUUUAGGGUCACUUAGGGUCACUUACACCUAGGGUCACUCUUUGCCCCCGCUCCAGCAGCGGGUAUUGCCCCAUAGAAGAGCUUCUUUGCUUUCUACCUGGCCAGACUCACCCAGCCCCACUGAAGAGGCUCCUCAUGAGGCUGGAGGAACAUCGCCCGGCUGUGGGGCAUGAAGGCCGCUCCCUGCAAGGCCCUUUCAAUCUGGCCUAGGGGGUGAGGCCCACACUCACCAGCCCCACUGAAAAGGCUCCUCAUGAGGCUGGAGGAACAUCGCCCGGCUGUGGGGUGUGAAGGCCACUCCCUGCAAGGCCCUUUCCUCCUGGCCUAGGGGGCAGGGCUCACACUCACCAGCCCCACUGAAGAAGCUCCUCAUGAGCCUGGAGGAACAUCGCCCAGCUGUGGGGCAUGAAGGCUUCUCCCUGCAAGGCCCUUUCCAACUGGUCUAGGGGUAGAGCCCAGAUUCACCAACCCUACUAUGUUAAAUAUGUAUUCUGUUGUUGACCUCCUUUGUAAUGUUUUAUUUUGAAAUCUUUAAGAUAAUAUUUCGGUUUUCUGUUAUGUUGCUUUGACUGUAUACUCUAUAUUUGACUUUCUUCAGAUUGCUUUAUUUAUGUUUUAUUGAUUUAAUAUGCUGUAAACCGCUUGAGAUUUUUCUUAAAAAUACAAAGCGUUACGGGGAGGGGGGAUCAGAUCAAUACUCAGCAGAUUACAGACCACCCUGAAUGCUAGAGUGUGGCCAGUCACAAGUUAUAGGGAAACAGCCUUUUUAUAGAGUUGAAUAGCUGUUUGAGAUCUCACUGACCUGAAUUAUCCAAACCUUUCAGAUUCUGAAAUACUUGAUGAAGCUGGGAAGUUAGCAGGUGAAUUGCUUAUAUGGGCUGAGAGAGCAAAUGAAGUCCAGUCCGCAAUCAGUAAGUUAUUCUUAAUAGGGUGAUGUUGAGAAAUCAGAGUAUAGGCUGCACAGCUGUUGAAGGUAUAAAGGUCCUACCAUCCUCUAGAAUCUAUCCAUUCCACUUUGAGAAAAAGACCAAGCAACUCGAGCCUCCAAAAUCCAGGGAGAAAUUUGGAUGAGAGUUUUGUGGCUUUGGAUUUUUGUGGCUGUGUUAAUUGGGAAACUCCUCCUUGAAUGGAUUCCUAAUUGGUGGCGGAAGUUGGCUGAAUUCUGGUAGUUUGGGAUAUGAAGACUGAAGUGCCUCACCCUCCAUAAGAGGUGAACAGGGACCCCUCCAAUGCUUAGACCUUGGGUCAUUGUGCCUCAAAUUGGGAUUUGCUCAUUAUCACCCCACCACUGUGACUCUCCCCUGCCAACCAUUGUCAGCAAGGCAAAUGAGGAAUUUGCUGGACCUUACACUCUUGUGAGUUCCAGUGGAUAUCAAUGUAGCUGAAAUCUCCCAUGACUACUAUAUCUCUCCUAUAGCAGACACCCACAGUAAGGUCUCUGUGAAAGAAACAGGAUACCUUUCUGUUACUGUUCCUCUGUUCGUCAAGACUGGGAGAAUUCAAAGAGGUAUCAGAGAAUAAGUUUAGGAGUUAGAAGAGUGUUUCGCAAACUUGGGUCUCCAGCUGUUGUUGGACUACAACUCCCAUCAUCCCUAGCUAGCAGGACCAGUGGUCAGGGAUGACGGGAACUGUAGUUUAAAAACAGCUGGAGACCCAAGUUUGGGAAACACUGAGAAGAUCAUUGCAUCCCAUUGAAUUUGAGCUCCCUCUCAAUGUGGUUUUUCUCACCUGGAAUACACCUGGUCCUGAAUGCCCUAUAGUGAAGCACUUCUGACAGGCUAUUUCUGGGGAGGGGAGGUUGCCAAGCUUAUGCUGAAUGAUUACAUAGGUUACCAGAAAAAUGCCACCUUUAAAAACGAGGCUUGGAGUGCGGGGGGGGGGGGAGAGUUGCUUAGAGCAAGGUGUUCUGGGAACAAGGAAGGGGAAAGAGGUAGAAUUCAAUGUGGCUGGAGGAGGCUGCACUGACAUUCAAGAAUCUCAUCUGAAGUAUCUUGUCUAAAUAUGUGUCAAAUAAACUAUACUUCUUAACGACACUCACCUCCACUAUUCCUCAAUUUUCUCAAUGGAAACACAACCCUGGGCAAGCAACCGGAACCUCCCAAGAUCUUGCUACUGCUCGGCAGAGAUUGGGGGUGCCACACAAUCUUCAUAGCAUUACCAAUCUGUUGAGGAAUGCAAACAGUGGAACAGGGAAGUAAAAGGAGGACAAAUGACCUGGCUAAAUGUGUCCUUUAUUAGAACAAACCUUUUAGAGUGUUAGCUACCAUGCCUUUUGCUGUAUUGUAAUGAAAUAUUAGUAUGUAAUUCAUAAUGACUUUAUGGGGGGGGAUCUGUUAGACCUUCAGCCCAGCUCCUGCUAAAUCUGCUUUUUUGCCCCCACCUUCCCACUUUCUGGCUUGGUUCAAAGAUGACCUCACAUCAAAUCAUCGUCAAAAGUGGCAGCCAUACAAAGAGGCUCUCUAUUUAUUUGAUGAAGGACUAGUAUACUGGCAUGAUGCAGAAAGGCUUUGUGAGAAUAAAAAAUCCAAACUGAUUAUUAUUCAGAACGACAAAGAGGAGGUAAGCUAGCUGAACACUGUAUAUAGAAAUGGCAUGAAUAAUCCUUUGCAAUUUGAUGGUUUUAAGCCUUCCUGGGCAAGAAACUUUGGCCAUAGCUGCACCAUACAUUUAAAGCGUGAUUGUACCACUUUACAGUCACGGCAUCCCCUAGUAUCUUUAACAAACCUGGGAAGUUUGUUAAAGCUACUGAGAGCUUUUUAGCAGACCUCCUAUUCCCCUCACAGUGUUACAAUUCCCAGAGUUCUGUGGGAAGUGGGAUGGAUUGCUAACCCACUUUGAAAUCUGAGGGGGGGAGGGAUUGUGGGAAACACCAGGGGGGCGAUGAUGCAAAGCCCCCGCACUUGAAAUCUCUCUGGGCAUCUUCCCUCUGGAGUGCAACACAGGACGUUCCGAAGAUAUGUGAACACUCAAACAGGCUUGUUUACACAUUUUUUUCUACUUAAAGAAGAAGCCAUGGUCCAAUCAGAAAAAUACAAAUAUUUAGGUUACAAAACUAUAAAGAUAAAGAAAAAAUAAGUUUGCAAAGCAAUAAUUACCAUGUGGUUAGGGUAGAUCAACGUGUUAGUGUCCACUUAUCCCCACUUAUUGGCAAAAGUCGGAAAUUGAAAUAUAACUAUAGCACGUACACAAAAAUCGAUUUCAGAUUUGAAAUCAGCAUUGAAAGAACAUAUAAGAACACUUGAAAAAUCUCAUGCAACGUAAAAUAAAAUAAAAAAUGUUCCCCAGCAUACUGUUUAUCCCAAGGGAAUACAUUUUUUUGAAUACCUCCAACUGUACAUAGAUAUACAUGUCAUUUUCAAUGCUAUACAUGCCAUCUCCAAUGCUAUAUAAGUCACUUACAUUUAUACUCAUAUUGUACUAUUUUGGCUAUGUGUUUAAUAAAAUAUUGAAUUCUUGCAUUGUGAAAAACAAAGAUUACGGUAAAAAGUGAAAAACAUGAAUUGCAAAAAAAAACUAGAGCUUACAGAACAAAACCAACUUCAGAUAUGAAAUCAGCACGUCGAAAUUAGGUUAGAACAACUGCAGAUGUCAAUGCAACAAAAAAUUUGUUUCCCAGUGAAUUGCUUAUUGCCUUGACAUCUGAUGGGAGGGCGUUUCACAGGGCAGGUGCCACUACCAAGAAGGCCCUCUACCUGGUUCCCUGUAGCUUAGCUUCUCCAAGUGAGGAAUCCACCAGAAGGCCCUCGCCGCUGGACCUCAGUGUCCGGGCUGAACGAUGGGGGUGGAAACGCUCCUUCAGGUAUACAGGACCAAGGCCAUUUAGGGCUUUAAAGGUCAGCACCAACACUCUGAAUUGUGCUCAGAAAUGUACUGGGAGCCAAUGCAGAUCUCUCAGGAGCGGUGUUAUAUGGUCUUGGCAGCCACUCCCAGUCUCCAGUCCAGCUGCCGCAUUCUGGAUUAAUUGCAGUCUCCGAGUCACCUUCAAAGGUAGCCCCAAGUAGAGCGCAUUGCAGUAGUCCAAGCAGGAGAUAACUAGAGCAUGCACCACUCUGGCGAGACAGUCUGCGGGCAGGUAGGGUCUUAGCCUGCGUACCAGGUGGAGGGCAAUUCGGAGCCAGACAGUCAAUAGGCCUGGUUAACUCCAAAGGGUCACCAGGGAAUCAGAUGAAAGCCAUCAGCAUGGGAUAAAACAUCCCCUACCACUCUCUGGAAACCAUAUAGAUCCAUUAAGUGGCAGGGGCAGACCAUCUGAAUCAGUCCCACCUCCCUGCAGAGGGGAAGGGUCACGGAGAAGUCCAGUUGCACCAGGAAGUGAUCUGACCAUGACACUUCUUUUGUUUCACUUUUACUUAGUGUCAGAUCACCAUCAUCCAUAGAGGUGAACACCAGGUCUGAGGCAUGUCCACGGCUAUGAGUUGGGCCAAACUUAUUCAGGGACAGCCCCAUGGAGGCCAUGCUUUCCACGAAGUCCCGAGCGGCCCCUUGUAAGGUCGUGUCGGCAUGGAUGUUAAAAUCCCCUAGGACAACCAAACUAGGUGUCUCCAGGAGUACAUCGGCCACAACCUGAAGCAGCUCAGAAAGGGAAUCCUUGGUGCAGCAGGGAGGUCGGUACACCAAAAGGAAUCCUUUACUGCCCCUAUUGCCCAACUUCCAGAACAUGCACUCAGACCCUAUUGGGUCUACCCAAUAGGACGCCUGGUGCAAAUCACUGCAACCCCCCCCCCCCCCGCUGACAUGACCUGGUUUGCUGUGCGUAAGAGAAACCUGGUGGACAAGCAGCGGCAGGAACAGGCCCAUCUGCUUCAUCCAACCAAGUCUCUGUCACACAUGCCAGGUCAAGUCCUCCAUCCACAAUCAGAUCGUGGAUGGCAGUGGUCUUAUUCAUCAUUGACCUGGCAUUACACAGCAGCACCUUCAGGUAAUGUGGGUAAUGCUGAUUCCAGUAUUCUUCUGGUCAGGACCAGACCUGGAGGCAGGGAUAGUCCUCAAACAACGACAAAGCCUGCCUCCUCAGUAAUGACAAGGUCUGGUCUUAGCGUAACUCCUCCUCCGGCCCAUGAUCACUGAGAUCAGAUGUCUCGGUGCUUCUGCCCCUGUAGAAGCUGCCCCAGCCAUUCUGUUGGCUGAGGCUCACUCCCAGGCAGCAUUGACCCUUUCCCCUUAAAAAGAAAAUACAAACAAUACAACAGCCUAACAAGAUAGUAAAAGUAAAAACAAAGCCAAAAACAAUUAUGCUAAAAUUAAACUAAUCCCCACCCCAGCUAAGCAUUUGUCCCACCCCAACAAAGAGAAAGGGGAAUGAAUGAAUGAAUGAAUGAAUGAAUGAAUGACAGAAAAAACCACCAAUCAAAGUGCAACAAAUUAAAAACGCUUUUAAAACAUUUAAGUGUUUAAAACCAUUUUUGGCAUUUGCAGCAGCAGCAGUGUCCCGGAGGCCUCUCUGAAGUCUCUUAAACUUUGGAGGAAGCAUUGACUGUUUAAAGUGGUAUGAUACUUCACCGUGCAGAUGGGGCCACAGUCUGGGGAUGACCUGAGAGGGGAUUCUGGCCUCUUAUUCCUAGGAAAGACUUUUUGAUUGUGCUUUUAGCAGGAGUUCCUGGAAAAUGCAAUUAAAAACGAACAACAUGACUUCUGGAUUGGGCUAUAUUAUAUAGGCAGAUGGAAAUGGAUAGAUGAAACUGCCCUUCUCCGAGGGUGAGUCUGGGAGCAACGUUUCUCUGUUUAUUAUAUUGUAGAAACUUUGUUAGGAAUUCAUUUUUUGUUCUUCAUUGAAAGCUCUUCCUGUCCUUUGCCUGCAUCUAGAAUCCAGCAGAGUAUUUUAUUUCCAUUGCAUUUUAUGUUCCAUGUCAGAAAGGCAGUUUUGUAGGAUGGAAGCAAUAUUAUAGUGUCCAGCUUCAUCAGAAAUGGUAAUGCUGCGUAGUUUGACAGGGCUUGAAAGUAGUUCAUGCUCAACAAUGAAUGGCUUCUACAUUGAGACAAGAAAUCGCCCCACAUGGCAGGGGCUGGUCCAGUAAGGCGAAUGUGCCUCACCAACCUCAGUCUGCCCUCAGCCUUCUUAUACCUACAACCAGUCUGGGGUGGGGUGGAUGUGGUUCUUCCAGUUGUUGGCUCCACAUAUGGUUUGUCUCCUUGCCUUCCACUCUGCCACUACUUAUGGGCACCAGCCACCUAGGACUCCACAUAGCCAAUGCCCCCUCACCCUUGCCUUCUCACAGUCUCUCUCCACCCUCACCUUGUACACGGACACUGUAGUCCUUCAGAACACCCCCGUUGUUGUUGUUGUUGUUGUUGUUCUUCUUCUUCUUCUUCUUCUUCUUCUUCUUCUUCUUCUUCUUCUUCUUCUUCUUCUUCUUUUUCCUCUUCCUCUUCCUCUUCCUCUUCCUCCUCUUCUUCCUCUUUAGCAAUCACUUGUAGCUAAGUAAGAUUGUCUUAACAGUGAGUCUGUAAGUCACUAUGGAGGCCAAUUCUGGAAACACACAUCCUUCCACAGUGGGGACAUUGGUUUCCAGGCAGGAGUUGAUCACGGUGAGGGUUUGCCAAACAUGUCUUCCUCUUAGCACGUUUCUCCCUUUUGUCCUGAGUUUGAGUGUCUUCAAAGUCCGUGACACCUUUGGUAAAGGCUAUUCUCCAACUGGAGUGCUCAUGGGCCAGUGAUUCCCAAUUGUAGGUGUUUAUACUACAUUUUUUUAGAUUUGCCUUGAGAGAGUUUCUAAACCUCUUUUGUUGACCACCGGCUUUACACUUUCCAUUUUUAAGUUCAGAAUAGAGUAGUUACUUUGGAAGACAAUAAUCAGGCAUCUGAACAACAUGACCAGUCCAUGACUAGUGCAGGGUGGCGACAGAAUGUCCCCUUUGCCUCCCCCUCAGCUCUGCUCCCCACCAUUCUUUAGAAGACCAAGCAAUGCUUUUUCACCUCAUCUUGUUAAACUAUGAUAGUUUGAGGAAUUCUACUGCUUCUUAAAUAUUUGCUAAAGUGUAGGAAUGCAGGUACACAGGGCUUGCUUUGUUCCAUAGUAUCAUUCAGUGGUUAUUGUUGCUUUCCACCACCACCAUCCCAGUUAAUUACUAGCUCUGGCACUACAGAAUAAAGAACCUAGUUCUCUUUAUCUUCUAUUUAAAAAAUAAAUAAAUUCAAUGUUGUACACCGCUUUGAAAUAUUUCGCCAUUUAGCAUAUAUAAAUACCUUUCUAAAAAAAAUACCUCCGCAUGGGUUGCUGCUGUAUUUUAUCACCAUUUCCUGAGUCUUUCUUAACUGCAGAAUCCUAUUUCCACUCAGAACUAAUGAGUGUGGAGAAAGAGGAUAGAGAAAAGGUUUUCUCCUACUCUCAUAACAUUAGAAGUCAUCUUUUGCAAUCAACACUAGAAGUCAUCUUUUUGGAACAAUCCAAGGGGACGUUGAAUAAAAAUAAGGGGGGGGAGGGAAGGGAAGGGAAGGGAAGGGAAGGGAAGGGAAGAGAAGAGAAGAGAAGAGAAGAGAAGAGAAGAGAAGAGAAGUUUGGAAAACCAUUCAUAUGUGUUUCAUCUGUUAUGUAAUGACGCUUACUGCCAGGGUGGGCUCCGUUGUGGGUUGGCAACAAAGGUUACCUGGAUCCGGUAAUUGUGCUGGAGGUGAGAGGUUUACCCAGGCUAGGGUGAACCCUUUUUGGCUUCACCCAGACCCAGGAAGUGGAUCGCAGACUGCCUGCCUAUUUGGCCCAUGGCAGGCAGGAUGUGGCACCGACUCCGCCCCUGGGAUAGAUCGGACUGAGCCGGCAGUCUUAACUCUGGUCCGCUCCAUGGAAUUUUAAUCUUUCUUUACUAUGUUGUAGGACGUAGGUAGAAACAGGGCUUUUUUCAGGGGAAACUCGCAGGAACUCAGUUCUGGGACCUCUCAGGUGGGUUCCAGAACCUCUCAGGUGAGUUCUGGAACCUCCCAGGUAGGUGCAAUUGCCAUUCGAAGAGAAAGAGGGAGGCGUUCAUGGUGAGUUCCGGCAUCUUUUUUCUAGAAAAAUAGCACUGGGUAGAAAUAUAGAUACAUAAAAGAAUGCAAAUUUGUCACUGCAUCUUUUAUUUGUUCACUUAAAAAAUGUUAGUUUCCAGGGCGGGUGCUGGGUAUAUAUUUUUUUUUCUGAAAGGAGGUGGUAGGCCACAUAGGUUUAGGAGCCUCUGCUUUAAAGCCUUCCAAGUUGGUGGCCAUCACCACCUCCUGUGGAAGUGAGUUCCACAGGUUAACUUCAUGCUGUGUGAAGAAGCCUUUUCUUUUGUCACUCCAGCUUCAUUGAAUGCCCUGUAAUCUGAAGUUCUGAGAGAGGGAGAUCUCUUAAUGCUGAAAUAAAGUACACAUCCCAUGUGGAUAAUUUGGUUUUGACUGACUCAUUGAUUUGUGCUUCCUUUUCUUUUCAGUUACUGGGUAGUCGGCAAGCCAGAUGACCUGCAUAAUAAACGGGCUUGUGGAAUAAAAGCAAAAUGUACAACACCACUGCGAUGUUGGGAGAACUUUCCCCGUCUUGAUCAAAAAAGAAGCAUAUGUAAAAAGAAGCCUGAUAAACGAUGGUUCAAUUAA